GUCAACAACAUUGUGAAAACAGAUGAAAAUCUUUGACUAGAUCUAGAUCUAUAGAUUAGAUUCUACAUAAACUCUUGACUAGAUUAGACUUCUUAGUUUAGUGAAGUUAGGGAUCUAAUCUAGAGUCUAGCUAGCCCAUUAUUUUCAAUCUUCAUUUGUGGAUAUUACCAUUGUCGAAUCAUUGUACAGUGGUUAACUGCUGAUGAAAAACUGAGUCCGUUAAGGUGAAUGUCAUCCACCGCUGGCAGGAAGUAUGCCAGUACGUCUGAGGAGAAGGGCGCUACUUGCCUACAUUCUCUCACUAAGCUUCUCGUGUUUAGUCAUCUGGGCAUUGCUAUUUUUAGCUUCUGAACAGACCAUCGCCCCCUAUGGAAAAAUUGAGCUUACAGCUGAGGAUAGCUAUAAUUUCCCACAUGACAGCCAUCCUACUAAAGAUCAUAUUGAAUUGAAAGAGAAAAAAAGCAAGGUAAACAGCAUUACAUAUGGGUCAGGGGAAAUCCAUAUUCCCGAUUUUGAUGUGUUGAGAGAUAUGUCUUGGAGUGAGUUAGCUGAACUGUAUCAUAGGUACCUUGGAAGGAAUCAGGUGGAGUGUAAGGAGGUCACUAGACUUGGGCGGGUCACAGAUGGGGGCUGGGACAUGUGCAGUGACAGCCCUUACAAGCCUACCUCACCUUGCAUUGUCUACUCCUUCGGGAUAGCAGAUGAUUUCAGUUUUGACAAUGCUGUGGUAGAUCAAUUAGGAUGUACUGUCUAUUCCUUUGACCCCAGUAUCAACAUGGAUACUAAACAAAGGGGAGAUAAGAAAUAUUUUUACAAGAUGGGCCUAGCCGACUCAGACAGAACUUUGUCCAAUGGCUGGUCAAUGUCCAGGCUUGAGACUAUUCGGGCUAGUUUAAAACAUACUAAGAAAGUUUUGGACAUUCUCAAGAUGGAUGUUGAGGAAUGGGAGUGGGAAGUAUUACCUGACCUGCUGACCAGUGACCAGUUGAAGACCACUGGCCAGUUGUUAAUAGAGCUCCACCAGUGUGACGGCUGCUCCAAGUAUAACCCAGAGCAGCCUGACAAAGAGCCAUCAAAGGAGCGCUACAUACACAUGCUGCAACUUCUACGCCAGCUCUAUGAGCAGAACUUCCGCAUCUUCCAUCACCAUGACAACAAGGCCUGCAGGUACCUAUCCAAGUUCACCCUGAUGGAAAUGACUGCCUGCAAGGAGAUCGGCUUUAUCAGAGUCUCUGAGACGUAACUCUGUGAAUGAGGUGCAAUUGUGCUAUGAAUGUCUUCAGAUUGCGUGUUAACUGUGCGACUGCAUCUUUAAAAUUGAAACUAUUGUUUAUAUUUCAAACCAAAGACACUAGCCAGAUUGAAAAAAAAAAACAUAACAGAAUUAGAUUUUUAUUUAUAAAGAGUUUUUUUUCUAGACUCUCACUGAAUCAUGUUUAUGCUAGUCAUGUACUAAUCAACACAAAUUUAUUUUCAAUCAUUAGUUUUGUUGCAUAACAGAACAGGAAGUUCAAUUGUUUUACAUAGCAGGAAUUAAUAGUAAUGUUUCUUUGCUUACAAUUUAUAAAUUAUUGUACCAUAAAUAUUAAAAAAAAAAAUUAAUUUUAAAAAUAAAAAAAAAUAAUUGUGUAAAAGUAGGAAACAACUAUUUUGGCAGCACUCACUUGGCUAUGUAUAGUGUUGCCAACUUUAAAAAUAUUUAUCCAUUUCCCAUGUGCUGUAAUAAAUAGCUUGUCAUUGGUUGUCUUAUUAGCAACUGAUGAUAUGAGGUUUUAAUCCAGUUAUAUUCAUUUGUGUUAAUAUUAUUCUAUCUGUGACUGCAAUGUUAUAUUAGUACAUUCACCUUCACUCUUCAAGACAUAAGACUAAAUAGUCAAGUAGCAAUACUACAUACAACACUGAACCAGCAUUUUUUUUUUAAUAGCUUUUACGUAGCUCAACUUUCAUGCUUGUAGCUCAGAGAGUUAUUGUCUGAUCUCUUUUGUAGAUCAGUGGGGGAAGGGUAUCUGGAAGAAGGUUUUCCGUGUUGCCUUUAGAUGUUCAGUAAACAACUCUGCUUGAGUCGGGUAUUGAACCUUGAGCCCCCUGGAUAGGUAGCCUCUUGGCCUUACAUCGCACAAAUAUAAAAACAACUAAUGAAAAACUCAGAAAGACACAAAGAUAGGGGCUCAUUUUGUGUUCCAUAUUCUAGGGAAAUUUCAUACAAAUACUUCUUCUUCUUUAGUGCUAUCAAAGCAUGGAAUGGGUUGCCUGAAUCAGCCAGGAAAACCAAUGACUUAGCAGAGUUUAAAUAAUUGAUUAACAUGCAUGACUAGAUUGACACACGAAAUGCGUGGGAUGUAAUUAUCUUCUCUUCUGAAGUAGCGUCUGUAAUCUAUAAGUUAAGAAGUUUUUCAAUACAAGACUUAAUAGUGUGACAACUAAAUUAGGUAGAAACUAAAUCACUUGACUAUACUUCCAGAAAUCUACCAACAGUUUCUAGUGACAGACUUUCCGAAAUGUUCAGAUACUGAUGUCACUCAUCUGUGUAUCACAACUCCUUAUUGCUUUUAAAAGAUUGAUUUGAUCCACUGACCUAUGUAAUACAUAUGUAAUACCUCAAUGUAAAGUUCACAUUCCCACAUUUGGUGUCAAAACUUUAGCAUUAUUGUGUACCAUAAACAUAUUAACAUUGUCUUACAUGCUGUUUAUGUAGAAGGGGAGGGGAGACCUAUUUAUUGAAUGCCUUAGCGUAGGACAUGAAUGAAGUUAAGCUCCAGAGCAACAGAUCAAUAUUGAAAAAUUGAAAACGUGACAAAACAUAAAAAUUAGGUAAUUUUUUAGAAGAUGACAGUUAUUUUUAGAUUUAUUUGAACAGUCUUAUUGCACACCAUACUCUUGGUGACCUAUCCACUGAACUUUGAAGACCCUGUGAAUCAGCAAGCUAGUACCAUUCUAGAUCUGGGUGAUCCAUAGGUAGAUGUAGGUGAUCUGUAGGUAGAUCUAGGUGAUCCAUAGGUAGAUGUAGGUGAUCCGUAGGUAGAUCUAGGUGAUCCAUAGGUAGAUCUAGGUGAUCCAUAGGUAGAUCUUGGCUAGAAAAUAAAUGUAUAAGUAAAGAUGUUCACAUCAAGAUUUUAAUGCUAUUUUUACUUUAAAUGUGCUUCCAAAAUAGAUCUAGAAUUAUGUCUAAAGCAUUGAUACAUAAGAAAAAGAGUAACAAAUAUUUAAAUUAAUAUAGAAAUCUAUGUUAGUGCAAUAAGCUAAUAGUAAUAUUUUACUAAUAUUUCCAAAUUACUUCUGAAAUAUAGGUAAAAAUUUGUGAAGAUUCUCCAUUUGUUUCUAUUGUAAAACAGCUAUAUUCAAAGCAUUUUUAAAAGACUUCUAUACAAGUCUCCAAAACUGUUAGCAUUCUUAAAAAUGACACUAAGCCCUUACCUACUUUCAUGCUUUAAAAAAAAAAAGUACAUUCACAUGCUUGUGGACUUGAGAUUCAAUUGAGCCUUGUUGUUUAGAGGAGAAAUGAAAUGGAAAAGUGCAGGAAGUGUACACAAUGGGAACAUGUGCAGCAUCAAUGUAGUAGUUCUGCUACUAUCAAAAUAAAAGCACCAUGGACAAAAUGUACGCUGCCAUGGGCAAAAUGUACGCUGCCAUGGGCAAAAUGUACGCCAUGGGCAAAAUGUACGCUGCCAUGGGCAAAAUGUACACCAUAGACAAAAAAAAGCUGAUUUACUCCAGUUGUCUCCCACUGUAUGCUAAGUGAUUCCCAAACUGGUGUCAGAUAGGGGCAGCCUUUUUGUGCUUUCUCGAUGUCCUAUAGCAAAUGUAAAAGAAUAUUGUUUGAGGUGGCCCUCUUUUGUUUCCUACAGCAGUACUGACCAGAAGUCAACAUGGGAAAUGUUUCACUGACUAGAAAUAUGACCUUCAUUCUCAUAAAUUUAGCUUUUAUAGUUCUACUUUCAUGCUUAUAGCCUGCUCAGAGCAAUAUGGUCUCGUUUGUGGACCAGGGGCUGGAGGGGGUAUCUGGGAGAAGGUUUUUUCUGUGUUGCCUUUAGGUGCUCAGUAAACACAGCUCUGCUCAAGUCAGGUGUCGAACCUCGAGCCAAGCCAAUUUCAAUCAUACUUUGCCUCUUGACCACUCAUCAUACCUUAUAGUACACAUCUUUUUAGAUCAACCAGUAUCUAGUAUACUUAUUACAGGAACCUAAAAUGUUUUUAUUCAGCCUCAGCAUUUUGUCAUUUGCUUUUUGAUAAUAUAUUGAAAUUUAUUUUUUUUAUCUUCAAGGUGUCUUGAUAUAUUUUAUCUUAUCGUUCUGGGUUUUUAUUUAAUUUUUUUUUAUCCUAAAAUAUUUCUGCUUUUUUUUUUGUUUUUUUUUGUGUGAAUUUUCUCUGGAAGUGAAGAUCUUUAAACAAAUUUUUGUUGUUGGACUGUAACUGACACAAGCUGAGUGAAUGAGUGAAUCAAUUGUUUCGUUUCUUUUUGAUUUUUUUACUUUGCAGUUGUUCAUUGUCAUAGAAACGGGGGGGGGGGGGGGGGGGGGGAGACUAUAUUUGUUGGUUAAGCUCAUCAUACUCACACUGGCGCAUACACACACACAUGAAAUUUUUGCUCAGAGUGACUAGUUGAUGUCUCAUGCAAGCAACAGAGCAACCAGCUUUGUAUUAUUAACUUUCAAUAGGGUAGGUCUGAUUGGAUAUAACAGUAAGCUAUGGCAGUUGAUUUUAAUUCUUCACAGUCCCCCCCCCCCCCCCCCCCCCCCGGCCCAAAAAAAAAAGAAUUCACUAUGUCCUUUAUUCACAGGCCACAUAAAAGCAAAAUGAAAAAAUACAACAAGCUCAAUGGAACCAAAACUAUAUUUUGAACUCAAGUCUGUAAUUGUUAAGCUAAACUAUCAACUUGCAUAGAAAAAGAAAAAGAAGUGCCAAUUUCAGACCUUGUGAUCUACAUGACAAGAUCAUGUAAAGAUCUUCUCUUUGCGUGGCCCAUGGUUAAUGAGGCUGUCGUGUGGCCAGCACAAUGACCAACCGGCUAUACUUUCCCCAAACUAAUGUCAGGUACCCAUUAGAGCUGGGUGGACUCGGAGACGCCCUUUAAGAUCCUGAAAGUAAAAAUCCUGGUCUUCACCAGGAUUUGAACCCGGGAACCUCUGAUUCAGAAGCAAACACUUGACCACUUACCCACAGCACCUCCAUCAAUUUGCAUGCACGCACACUAAAAAAAUUUCACUUAUUGCACAAGGAAAUUUAAAAAAAAAAGAAAAAAUUUAUAUAAACACUUUAAUAUUGUUUCUUUCAUGUUUCAUAGUUCUGCUUUAGAUACCCGUAUUACAUAUUUUAAUGAUAAAUUAUAUUGCUUUGUAAACAUAGAGAACUUUUAAUUGCUUGUAUUGGUAAUAGAAGAUCCAUCAAACAAUAUAUGGGUCUUCGAUUUCCUUCAUAUAGUAGAUUUUAAAAUGUCUUGUAUUAUGGCUGUGCUUUUAGCACAGGUACACAGUGGCAUAGCUAGGGUGGGUGGAGGAGGGGGGAGAAUUUGAAAAUCCCCCCAGGCUUCCACUUGAGGGGGCCCCAAUUGAGUAUUUUUUACAUUAAAGUUAAAUAUUAAGCAAAACGCAGAGGCCCCCAAAGAGUUCAACCCCCGCGUGCCCCCAACUAAUGGAAAAUUCCUAGCUAUGCCCCUGCUGGUACAUCUGGGUUAUUAAAUAAAUAGUUCUUACCUCUAGGUCAAGGUCAUAUUGUCUGUACAAAUUAUUUGAAAAUCAGAAUACGAAAUGCUCAUAACUAAAAGAAGAAAAACUCCAGAUGUACCAACAUUUCUCUCUAGAUUCUCUCCACUCGCUACUUACAUUUGUGGCUAUUCAGAAACUAUGUACAUAUUGAUAAAAGUGUCAUGGAACUUGUACAGGAUCUUUAUGUCUGCGGCUGCAAGUGUACAUGUCAUGAAUGAAUUACAUCCCUUGGUGAAUAUGUAAUGGUUUGAAAUUAAAUUAUUCAUGUGUUUUGGAAUAUAUUUAUUGAAUACAUACGUGACAUUGUUUUUAGUGAAUAUUGACAAAAUAUGCUGUUGUAGUUUUAAAAACUAUGUGGAAUUAAUUUUAAAGAGAAUUGGUAGGAGUUGUUUUAUCCUGAAUAGAUUUUUAAUAGUGUGUUUGUUUUUACUCUAGCUUAGGACACGGACGGAUUUUUAUUUAGGAAGUAACAGAGACAGUAUUUCAGGGCUUGAACCAUUUCCCCUUUGUGUCCAGGACUUUUAUACUUAGUGUAGUGGUUCUCAAAGUUUGAUUCUCAAGGGCCACUUGUUUAGUGGUUCCAUAAAUAAUGAUCAGGCUUUCAUCUCGUUUCUACAAGAUUAACCACAUGAAGGAGGGCAAGACACGGUGGCUCCACUAGUUGGAUUCUCAAAGGCCGCUUAAAUAGAUUCAGUGUAGUGGUUCCCAUAACGUGAUUCUCAAUAUCCUCACUUGCUUGUGUCCCUGUUGACAAAUAUUUACUUUUGGUGCAUACUCCAGGUUGUGCUGGAAUUGUGAGAUACUGGUUACACAGAGAACAGAAACUGGGGCAGUAGUUUUCAAAAAGCGUUCAAAAAACAAAAAGUCUAUUUGGUAGAACAAAAUCAAUAAGGUUCUAAUCCAGAUUGUAGCUUUGCCAUAUUGGAAGUUAUGUUUGUUAUGUGAAGUAAUUAUUACCUAUAUUAAUAUAUUUAUAUUCAGUCUCAAUAUCGCAGCAUUAUGUAACUUAGGCCAGUGGACAUAGACUUGCCAAUCUGUUUACAGACCAGUGGGUGUGACAGAGCCAGAACUAUUGUUGGUUGAAUAUUGUUUUAAGAUUGUACCAUAUUAUUUUUCUGAUUAUAAAGAGAUUAUUAAAAUUGUACCAUAUUAUUUUUCUUCUUAUUAUAAAGAGAUUGUUUGAACAUGUUUAUUACAUUUAAUGUUAUUUAAAUAGAUGAAAGUAUUUUUUUCUUUUCUGUUUGUCAGAACAAUGUUUGAUCUGCUAUGUUACGAAGCCAAAUUUUGAGUUGUAUGUUUUGUAUGUAUAUUGAAACUGUAUGUUCAUGAUUAUAAAUAAUGAAAUAAAAAUGGUUUAAGUUCAAUAGAAAGAAAGACUUCAUUGUGUUG